CCUCUAAUACUGGCUCCAGGGUCUUCAUAAGUCGCGCGACACUUCUAACAUCAUCCACGCCGCCCAAUUCCAUCUUCUCAACUUUGGCUUUGGUUUCCUCUUCAUCCUCGACGUCGACGCCCGAGUCGUUCAUUCCUCCCAUUGCCUCGUCCUCGACUACCUCCUCUUCAUCGCCAUCCAGUUCCAUGCCCUCUCCAUUUGCGCCUAGGGUCUGGGUGUUGUUGUCCUUGGGACCAUCGUCAUUUGGGAAUAGUCCUUCAUCUUUUUGGUCGCCUCCCUCGGACCCAGAGUCCUCGAAAUCCUGUAGAAGCUCGUCUGCGAGUGUCGACAUGAUUACUUGGUGUUGAGGUGUAUUGCGUUGUAAAGUCGAAGUGGAGUUAUGUCCGAUUAUUUUACCCAAGGCUGCAGCACCCUGAGAGUGGCGCGCCACAGCCUUAAAUUUUUAGCGUCCAGGCGAUCACUUUUAUGUUGACAGAGACCAUGACAUAAACAAACAGCCAAUCACCAGUCUAACUUCAUUGGUCGCGUUUAAGAAAAGACGGCGAUACUUUCUGAUUCACUACUCAUCAUACAAAAGCCAUAAAGUCCUGGUGCUGAAUAUUGCAUUCGCGAUUGCGACAACCACCAGGUCUCAGCCAACCCAUCUCCCGCCAUCAUGGAGUCCACGCGAGGACCCCCGAGGGUCAAGAAUAAGGCCGCGAGUGCCAUUCAGAUCUCUGCGGAACAGCUUUUGCGAGAAGCUGUAGACCGACAAGAACCAGGCCUUCAAGCGCCGACCCAGCGAUUCGCGGAUCUCGAAGAACUCCAUGAGUUCCAAGGCAGGAAACGGAAGGAGUUCGAGGACUAUGUGCAGAGGAAUAGGAUUAACAUGAACAAUUGGAUGCGAUAUGCGCAAUGGGAAUUGGAACAAAAGGAAUACAAGCGCGCAAGAUCAAUCUUCGAGAGAGCUUUGGAUGUUGAUCCUACGUCUGUUACAUUAUGGAUUCGAUAUACCGAGGCGGAGAUGAAAUCAAGGAACAUCAAUCAUGCUCGAAAUUUACUGGAUCGCGCGGUCACUAUUUUGCCCAGAGUUGAUAAACUUUGGUACAAGUACUGUUAUAUGGAGGAGAUGCUGGGCAAUAUUCCAGGAACAAGACAAGUUUUCGAGCGGUGGAUGUCCUGGGAACCAGAUGAGGCAGCAUGGAGCAGUUAUAUCAAAUUGGAAAAGAGAUAUGGCGAAUUUCAAAGGGCACGAGAUAUCUUUCAGAGGUUUACCAUGGUCCAUCCAGAGCCAAGGAAUUGGAUUAAAUGGGCAAGAUUUGAGGAGGAGUACGGAACAAGUGAUUUGGUCCGGGAGGUUUUUGGCACUGCUGUUGAAGCGUUGGGCGAAGAUUUCAUGGAUGAACGAUUGUUCAUUGCGUAUGCUCGAUAUGAAGCGAAAUUGAAGGAAUACGAGCGAGCUAGAGCCAUCUACAAAUAUGCUCUGGAUCGAUUGGCAAGAUCAAAAUCAGUUGCUCUUCACAAAGCCUACACCACAUUCGAGAAACAGUUUGGUGAUAGAGAGGGCGUGGAAGAUGUGAUUUUGUCGAAACGACGGGUGCAGUACGAGGAACAAGUCAAAGAGAACCCCAAAAAUUAUGACGCUUGGUUCGAUUAUGCUAGGCUGGAAGAGGCUUCUGGGGAUGUUGAUCGAGUUCGUGAUGUGUAUGAGAGAGCAAUUGCUCAAAUUCCACCAACACAGGAGAAACGACAUUGGAGAAGGUACAUUUACUUAUGGGUAUUUUACGCAAUUUGGGAGGAGAUGGAGUCGAAAGACACCGAACGCGCAAGACAAAUCUACCAGGAAUGCCUGAAAUUAAUACCUCACAAGAAAUUUACCUUUGCUAAAAUCUGGCUUAUGAAGGCACAAUUCGAGAUUCGACAACAGGACCUUUCAGUUGCGAGAAAGACACUCGGUCAAGCUAUUGGAAUGUGCCCCAAAGACAAACUCUUCAAAGGGUACAUUGAGUUGGAACUCAAGCUUUUCGAAUUCGUUCGCUGUCGAACGCUUUACGAAAAACACAUUGAAUGGAAUCCUGCCAAUUGCCAAGCAUGGAUAAAAUUCGCUGAGUUGGAACGUGGUUUGGAUGAUCUCAAGCGUACACGAGCUAUCUUUGAGCUGGCGAUUUCUCAAACGGUUCUUGAUAUGCCUGAAUUACUCUGGAAAGCAUACAUUGAUUUCGAGGAGGAGGAAGGCGAAUAUGAACGAACCAGACAAUUAUACGAGCGUCUUUUGGAUAAGACCGACCAUGUCAAGGUCUGGAUCAGUUAUGCUCACUUUGAAAUCAAUGUUCCGGAUGAUGAUGAAGAGGAAGACGAAGAAGAAGAGAAACCUGUCAGCGAUGCUGCCAAGGCACGUGCUAGGAAGGUCUUCGAUCGUGCACUUGAGAGUAUGAAGGAGAAGGAGCUCAAAGAAGAGGUAAGCAAUUCUAUCUCUCGGGAAUUUUUUGUCAUGGUACUAACAGAUAUUCAGCGUGUCUCUCUCCUCAACGCUUGGCUUUCUUUCGAGCGAACUCAUGGUUCGGAAGAAGAUAUUGAGAAAGUGCAGAAACAGAUGCCUAGAAAGACGAAACGUCGCCGCAAGCUGGACGACGACAGUUACGAGGAGUACAUCGACUAUGUAUUCCCUGCUGACGACAAGCAGACGCAAUCACUUGCGAAUCUCUUGGCGAAGGCUCAAGCUUGGAAACAAACUGGUGGAACUGUUACGGAGACUGCCGCGAAUAGUGAUUAGGAUUUGGUCAAAAUGGGGUUGAUCGAGUCUAAGAUUGUAUGAUGAAUCAGCUGGUUUUUUUAAUAUUGUAAAAAGUAGAUAUUCUUCCAGGGGCCAUCAUGACCUCGCCUCCCUGAAGACCCAGUGACAAGCGAGACGAUGAAUGAAAUGCUGUGGAUUGAAGUUUC